ACAACUUGUAGAUGGACAAAGUUUACUUAAUUAUUUCGGACGUAUGCAAGUAGAGGAUCCUUCAUUUUUGUACACAGUGCGAGUCAAUCAUAGAAACUGCCUAAUGAAUUUCUUCUGGAUGGAUGGAAGGUCAAAGAUAGACUAUGAUUACUUCGGGGAUGUUGUCAUUUUGGACACAACUCUUCGAGUUGAUGCAUAUAAUAUGACAUGUGCACCAUUUCUAGGAAUUAAUCAUCAUGGGCAAUAUAUCUUAUUUGGAGGCGCUUUGUUGCUUGAUAACAGCAGAGACUCAUUCCUUUGGUUGUUCAGGACUUUUCUGGAAGCGAUGGGAAACCGUCAACCAAAAACAAUAUUCACUGAUGGGUGUCAAGCACUGUCGGACGCACUAGAGGUGGUGUUGCCAGAUACUAAACAUCUUCUUGGUCUACGGUAUAUCUUCCAAAAUACUGCAGAGCAUCUUUCCAGCUAUUCUGGACAAACUGAUUUUGACAGCCUCUUCAAUAAAUGUAUCUUUGAUUGUGCAUCAGAGGAGGAAUUUGAGUCCAUGUGGGGGUCUUUGCUGGAGCAGUAUAAUCUUUACGAAAAUUCAUGGCUUAAGGAUCUGUAUGCAUUGAGGGGAAAAUGGUCUCCGUAUACCUGUAAGAGUAUCUUCUCUGCCGGCAUGCGAUCACCUCAAGGCUAUGAGAGCUUUUGCAAAAUUUUGCAGAAUUGGACUAAUGAGACGAUGACUCCAUUGAAGUUUAUUCAAAAAUACUUAAAGAUAGCAGAACAACAGCGUACAGAAGAACUAUAUGAAGAUUUUCACUGCCAUGGAAGUGCAGCAACAACAAUUUUAAGAAGCAAUGCAAUGGAGAAAGAAGCAGCAAAGAUAUAUACUUCUGCAAUAUUCAAGAUUUUCCAAGCUGAGUUGCUUGAAUGUCUGUCAGUAGCAGUAGAAGAGAUUCCAAGUGAUGGGAUGAAAACUAUAUUCAUGUUAACAGAGGGAGACCCUCGUAAGGAGAAAAUUGUUGAAUUCAAUAGUUCGGAAUCCCAUGUCAUAUGUAGCUGUAAAAAAUAUGAAUCAGUUGGAAUCUUAUGUGUCCAUGCUCUGAAGGUAUUGAAUGCUAGAAAUAUCUUUCAUAUACCUCCUCAAUACAUUUUAAAGAGGUGGACAAAGUCUGCAAAAGAUGGGAUGGUUGCAGAUUGUCAUGAAGCAGAGGUUCCUGCUGAAAGCCAAAGGCAUUUACAUCCACUUAAGAACAAACUUAUGCACAAUGCCCUGAAUGUCAUCACUAAAAGUUUAGCUAACGAGGGGACUUCGAUGAUAGUUGACAAUCAUCUAAAAAUGGCAUUGAGAAAGGUAGAAGAUGCUUUAAGGACUAAAAAUAUUGGACAUCUUAACACAAUUGAUGUUGAUGUUCACUGCAACGAUGAUGCUGUUAGUGCAAAUCACAUUGAUUGUACGGAAUCAGAACAGACUAUAGCGAGUCCUUCAAGGAUAAAUCGACAGGAAGUGUCAAAAAACAUAAUGAAAUGUCAGUUGAAGAGGAAAUAUGAAAAUGAAGUGAGAGAGAUGAACUGGGGAGGUUGUCAAGGAUCAAGAAAGGGAGCUAGUCGUUCAUAUUGCAUAGGAGAAAAUUCCCGACAAUCAGCCUGCAACUCUCCUCGACCUCCGUUACCUUCACAAUCCACUUUCCACCAAAUCAGACAACCCAGCAAGUCUAUGGGUAACAUCCAGGAUACCAAGAAACAUGGAUUGCACUUAUUGGCGAAUAGGACGGCUGCGGCAGAAAAGAAGAUCAUGGUAAUAAUGGAACAAUUGCAAAAGGAGAUGUUGAAGUUUAGACACGAGAACCAAAAAAUCUUCAAUUCAUUGAAUGUUGUUGAUUCUUGUUACAACCAAACCACCAAGAAGAAUAAGUUCAUCUGCCAGGAGAAAUCGGCCUUGCAGCAUGAAUUCCAAGGAAUAGGAAGUGAUAAAGCUCAAGAUUUAGACGCAGAGAACUGAAUGCCAAGCAGGACAAACUGAACAUUGAAAAUUUCAAAAUUGAAUCAAAUAUAGGCUGUCUGAGUAAUCCUAAUGAGGACAUACAACAUCAAUGUUGACAAAUCUAUGCAUCCAGACAUGUAUCUCUUACCAUUUGGCUUUUUUUUUUUUUUCUUUUUUUUUAGUAUUAUCAUUUUAAUUUUUUAUGGGUUGGCUUAGACUACGUAUUUAAUUGUCAAUUGUUGUAGUGUUAAAUUAAUAUUGUGGGAGAAACCUUUGAGACGGUGUUGAAUUCUAUAACUUCUUUUACAUAUAUGGAAAGGAUGCCAGGGGCAUCUAGAUGUAACACAAAAGAGAUGUAAAAGAGAGCAUUAUAUGUUCAUUAUUUAGUUCAUUUAUUAUCUUUCAAGAAAAGUUCUUUAUAAGAUGUAUCUUGGAAUCAUCUUGUAGCAAUAAGAUUAGGGUGCAGGCAUGUUUCUCAGUGUUUUCUUAUUAGAAAUUCGGACUAAAUGAUUAAUCUUUCCAGUUGAAGGUUGUUACUGACUAGUUUUUGUUUCAUUAUUAUGUUCCAUUUUGGUUUUGAUAAAAUGGUAAAGAAAUUUGAGCCUUCUUCCAUGUCUGAUCCUGCAAUUACAAAGCAGAGGAGAUUGAAGUAAUGGAAUUGGCUUACAUAAUCAGAUGAGUACACACACAACUGAUAUUUUCAAGAUGAUGGGUAAAUGGGUUUAUAGAAGUUGAUUCAGUGAAACAGAACAAAAAGAUACCAAAGCCAGAAAUACGCGGCCAACAGAGAAAUGUGAAAAUAAUAAAAAGGGGAAGUAUGUUUCCGUGAUUAACAAAGCUAUGUUGCACAAGCCAAUAAGCAUCAGUUGAUGAUCGUCUAACUCGCCUUUCCUGUGGAUAUGAUGCACCAAAGAACUUAACCAGAACCAUCUGUUGAAUCCAUCUGCACUGCAAUUUGAGUUGAGUGUGAAAUAAGCCGCAUAAGGUUAGCAAGGUGUAGAGAAGGAACAAAGAAAAUUGAACUGAAUCUGGGAAUAUGAUUGAUCCUAAAGAUCCCACCGACAGUGAACCAAGCAGUGUCAUAACACAAUGAAGUUCAUCAACCUUAUUUGGAGACAAAAAGUUCAUAAAGCGUGAGAACUCAAUUGCAUAUGCAAACCAAUAUGCUAGCAAGCAAGCAAUGCUUACCCACAUGGUGAAGGGAUGCGUAUCAAAUGGAGAAAUGUCUUUCCCUUGAUACUUCAACUCAAUUAAAUUGAGAAUGGCUGAUAUGAUAAAGGCAAGAACUGUAUGCAGAGAAGUGGGUGCAGGUUGUUCCUGUGGGAAGUUGCUUGAACUUGUAGUGAAGACGGCAAUGUUGAAGGAAAGAUGUCCUUGUGAUAAGAAUCUCCCCAGGGGGCGGCUAGGAAGAGAAUUAAUAGUACUUGUUCUUUCAACAUUAGCCAUGAGACUAUGAUUACUAUGGUGGGAUAUGAUUACUGUAUUUAGAGGAGAAUUAUAAGUUUAGAAAGGGUGAGUGGUGCAUGAAUGAGGUUGCCAAAUGCAUAAUUUCAGCUGGCUUUUAUAAAGAUUUGGAACAUGAGUAAUAUGGUGUAACUAGAAAUGUGAACCUGACGUUGAGACCACCCUAUAAACACUGCGUGGUCUGUUGUCUAAUAAUAAAAUUUUUAGAUGAGCAAUCCACGCUACUUACUUUGGAAUACUAGAAAUUGUGGAAAGAGCAGGACUACCUAUCUUUUGUACACCCUUCACUCUUGUUAACUAUGUUUCAAAGUAUUUUCCUCUCCGUGAGCCCUUAUUUACUCUAGUCCUCUGGACUUAUUUAAAAAUAUUUAUUGGACGGUUUCUCUUUCAACGACUUCUG